AUGACGGGCCCAGGGAUUGCGCUCAGCCGGUACAUGACCUUGUCCUCGCGAGAUGCCGCGUUGAAACGGUCAAGGGCCUACGCCCACCUACGCAACUGCAACCUCUGCCCGAGGCUCUGCGGCGUGAAUCGAUAUGAAAAGACUGGCGUUUGCCUGGUCGGAACCGACGUGUUGGUCAAUGUCAUCGCACCACACUUUGGCGAAGAGCCAUGCAUCCAAGGGCACAAUGGCUCUGGCUCGGUCUUCUUCUCAAUGUGCAAUCUGCGUUGCUCCUUCUGUCAAAACCAUGAUAUAUCGCACCAGAGAAAUGGCUUUAACCUUACGCCCGAGCAGCUAGGCGACUGGUUUGUCAAGCUGCAGGAAGUUGGAUCAACUCACAACAUCAACCUUAUCACUCCCGAGCAUGUCGCUCCUCAGGUUGCGCUUGCAAUCAUGCACGCGAGAGAGCAGGGUCUCACUCUCCCGAUCAUAUAUAACACGUCGGCCUACGAUUCUCUCGCAUCCCUGGAGCUUCUCGAUGGGCUGGUCGAUAUCUACCUCCCUGACUUCAAGGUAUGGGAACCGGCUACCUCUCAGCGCCUGCUCAAAGCUCCGGAUUAUGCGGCCGCAGCGAGGGAGAGUAUCAAGGCCAUGCAUGCCCAAGUGGGGGAUCUAUGCUUUACGGGUGACGGCAUAGCGAAGACAGGCUUGUUGGUGCGGCAUCUCGUCAUGCCGGGCCUCGAAGCGGAGGGCAGCAGGAUCAUGCAGUUUCUGGCGGAUGAGGUGUCCACUGAUUGCUUCGUGAACAUCAUGGAACAGUAUCACCCAGACGCACAUGUUGGCAAAUCCCGUCGAAAAACUGCCAGUGGAAAAGACAGGGACUCAGAGGGGCCCGGCGGCAGUGUCGAUGUGCGAUACUCUGACAUCAAUCGUGCCGUCACAAAUGAUGAGAUAUCUUCAGUUAGGCGCGCCGCCGAAGAGGCUGGACUUUGGCGUUUUUGUGAUCCUCCAGGGCACGACGGCUUCAACAUUUGA